GAACAGCAGACGAAAAAUGUUAUGUUUAUUUUUUGACAAACCGAAAGAAACGCGAAAGCAUUAUUGACAUAGAAAGACAAACAAAAUACUUGAAAGUGCAUACAAAAUGGCUUCUAGAUGGAGACCUAAAAAUAGAAGACAAAUUCUUCAGCUUGAUGAUGAAGGAUCGCAGAGUCCUUCAAUUCAAAACAACCCUCCAAUGGGCAAUCCUCCUGUAGCUCCUAGUGCACCAACCAAUAAACUCCAUGCUUUGUUGGGACACUACAAUUCUGACGAUGAAGAUAGCAAUAAAGAAGACGAAGAUUCGGAAUUUAAAGAUUUUAUGAAUGAAAUCAAAUCAACGGAAGAGGUUCCAGCACCUACAACUCCUUCGGUUUGGCAAGAGCUAUGGGAUCCUCAAUCAGGACAACCUUACUUUUGGCAUACACUCACAAACGAGCUGACUUGGGAAAAACCCCAGGACCUGCUAAAACCACCUAUGUCUAAGUCCAGCGUUGCAUCAACUAAAGUAAACACAAAUCCAAGCAUCCAGGAAGAAAGUAAAGCUGUCCCACCAGGGAAUUCUGCAAUAAAGCAAGAACUUCCAAUCAAAACUUUUGUUGCUGUAUCAACACCUACAGUUGAAAAGCUAAACGUUCCUGAACCAAUGAAGAAAGAAGAAGGAAAAGUGAGCUUUAAAAUCGGUGCUUCUGAAAAGAAUCUCAAAACUGGACCAGAAUUAGCACAGGCCAAAACCAACGGUCGCUUGACUAUCGAUGUCGACAGUAUUAUUGCAGCCAUUGAAAUGGAAGUUCCUCCAGAUCACAAAACGGAAACUUUUAUUCCUUUAUUUCGAAGGCGUCCACAACAAUCCAACGACUCGCGCCCGAAGCUCGGCAAUGAUUUUAAAAAGUUUUUCCCUCUUACUCACCAUCCCGUUCUCGAUCUCGAGGUGAGACCAGAUUCGCCACUUAAAAUCGUCAACACUUUCAAGGGAUUGGGUUUCCAAGAGAAAGAAGAUAUCCCGGUUUCUACUCCUGUUCAAAAAGUCCAGUUCAUUGCAGGAGAAAUCCUGAAACCAUUAGUGGUUGUACCGCCAGUUGCUCCAUUAACUGUUGCCCAAAAAAUCACACGAUUGGAGAAUCACUUGAGCUCGCAGGAACUACCCUCUAUUGGAAUUUCAACUGAACAAUUAACUGCCCAGUUGGAAAUCUUGAAAGAAGCCUGGAACCUAAAGAAACUCGAGACAGAUUUUCUAGAAGAAUGGCUGGAUAAAAUGGAAAACAAGUUUAAAGAAGAAACAGUCAAACCAGAAACUCAUCAAGAUCAAGUCAUCGAUAUGGUGCUAGAAGAUUCGGACGGUGAGAGACCCUCAACCCCGCCUGCAGAAUGCACUGUAGUUGCCAAAAGUGAAGAUGUUGCAGAAUGUUUAGACUCGGCAUUGAACUCGUUCUACACCGAUCUGGCUUCUCUGGAUACUGUUACACCCAAUUCACCAGUCGUCCCAGUCGAGCCAGCAGUAGCACCGGAGGUUGCAACACCAGCAGAGAUAGCAAUCGCCUCAGUGGCCGAGUCGACUACUUUGGUCGUAGAAGAAGAAACGAGUAACGAACCCGUCAAGGGGAUUAAACGGACAAAAAUGUCAUCAGAUAUGACGUCGUUAGUAGCCAAGUGGCAAAAAAUUCACCAGACAAACACUUAAUUCAAUAGGUUCACAGGUUCAAAAUGAUUCAAUAUCUGUUGUUGAAUCAUCGUGAAAUGACCGUCUUGUAAAUAACCAUUUCUCAAAUACAUCAAUUUGAAUUUUCCGUCAU